UGGGAAUGAGGUUGGGAGAGGUCCUGAAAGCGAGAGAGGUGUACUUCCGUGUUUCGGACUCCAUAAAUUGCAUAAGUUGUGUUUAUCGUGCAACUAAGGUACAAGAGCAACUCGUGCUGACUUGAACUUUCAUGGCUCUUGAUCAGGUUAGAAUCCAACAAUUUGAGAGCACUCGACUACUACUGAAAGAAACUGGUGUAGAAGUAGACGUUCGAGAUACAGACCAUGCAAAAACAAAUCAUUACAUCAGGCAGAGCCGAACAUACUUCCCAGACACAAAGUUGCUGACCUACAUCGACUGUUUUGACUUCUUAAAAUUUGCACGUUUGCUAUUUUUUGCAAGCUUGUUCGGAGCUUUGGGUGCUAUCGAAACUGGUAUCCCAAAGGAGCUGCCUUUGGGCUUUUUCGUUGCCUGUGCAGUAUUUUUCUUAAUUUACUGCCAACACGAGUGGGUGAACCAAAAGUCUCUACCAGUUGUUCAAAGGCAGCCUGUGUUUGAGUCUCAGCGAAAUACUAACUGGUUUUAUGAAGUAACUAUCACAGAACUCAAGGGUAUGGUUCUCGAAAAUUAUAGAGCUGGUAUUGGCUACGUCAAGCGGUCUCAUGGAAAGAUCRAGUUUCAGGCCUUCAACAAAACCGCAGUUGAAAGAAUGUCACGCGCUAAAUGUCAGUCACGUCUGAUGCUGGUCCUCUUCUUCUUGGCGUCUGUUUACAAUCUCUUUUUCAUGGUGCUGGCUUAUUCAAAAUCCUGAUUUUACUUUCAAUUCAUAMACCGAAUCGAAAUAUGGCGACCAAAUUUGAAUAACUUGUUUUGACCUGACUAGCCUCGUGUUCCGACGUGGAAAGCGUUUUCACAUGUAAGAGCGAGAGGCUAGCCUGAUCGAUAGUGCUGAAAUGCACUUCAAACAUACCCUGAAGUUUGAGAGUGACACAGGUGCAACCUCAAAACCAUGUGUUGAAAUAAUAAAGUAUAAAGAACACCACACAAACUACAACUUUUCGCGGGAAUGAUAGAUAUCAAGCUAUGAUUACUGUGAGACCAUCUUAGAGUGACCUGUUAUGGUAUAUUAUGGCGUGUUUAUGCAUGCUUUACUGAGGACCAGUAUGUAUCAAAGCAUUAUAUUGUUUGGAGUCCA